CCUCGACGCAUCGCUUAGCUUCGCACCACGGUGGUAGUAUGAUCAGAGAGUGAAACGACUACUACCAAACUACUACAUCGCCGUUGGUGCGUGUGUGUGUGUGCGUGUAGAUCCCUUCAGUAAACAAUGGGAGAUUUUGUUUGUAGCAUAGCGAGGAUGGCUGCACGAUCGAUGAUCACCAAUACAAACGGUAGAGGAGCAUCGUUGGAGAUGUGCCGAAACACACAAACGAUGGGCUAAUUUGCUUGAAUUUGUCAAUGGCCCUGGAAAUGAUGCUACGAAAUACCAAAGCAUAAUGGCGUACGAACUAUUGCAAUGACAUGACAACUUCCUAAAGACAGCUUCACUGCCUUGGCGGUCGAUCUUUUUGCUAUGACAGUCAGGUCCGCCAAAGUUCCUAUGCUCCUCUUCGUAGCAAGUUGGCUCCAGAGCACACUGGGAGCUCCAUCUUGCAAUCUAAAACCCCCCCUCUGUACAGCAAAGGGAAAGCAUGGCAUUGAGAGCUUUUAGCCACUUCGGUUGCUACGAUACUCUCGGCGCCUACUCUCUAUGCUCUCUUCAUCUCUGCGGAUUGCCUUUCCGUUUGCCUUCGUGCCGAUCAGCAACGACCACGACGACGACGACGACGACGACGAUGCCGAGCGUGAUGAUCAUCCACAGCUACAUCCGCAUACGCUGGAAGUUCGCUCUGGAAAACGGCCUCACGGGCAACGACGUCAUAGUGGUCGGAUCCGCGAUCCGGGUCGGUUGUGUGUAGCUUUUCAGAUUCGCAACAUUUUACGCGCUCUCGUUCCGUGCUGCCGUGGCCGUACCACCGUUCCGUCGCAGCGUUGUGUGCCACUUGGGGUGUUCGGUUGGGCAGCCGUUGGGGGGACUGGGGUUGUGUGCAGUGGUGCAGUUGUGGCGCGGUUGUGUCUCGAUUCAACCCGCUCUAGCAGCCGCUGCUCUACCCCAGUAGUGAUGCGGGGGAAACGACGCGUACUCUAGAGAGGAAGUGUGUUCAC